GGGGUCGGAGCAUUGAGGUUCGUUGCUCUGUGACCUGGCGGAAUGUCGACAUCCGCCGAAGAUCUGAGCAGUUUCGGGCGUCGAGAGGGUGCUGGCCCAAGGGUGGAGUAACACGGCAACCCCUAGCAUAGCUUCCGACCACCUAUGUCGGCGGCUAUCGAUGCGCAACCUGGUCUUCAGGCAAUGGUGGGUGAGUUUGCCUUUGGUACACCGUGUCCCGAGCGCUGUUGCCUCGGAGAUGAAGCUACGUGGCGUCAGCGGAGGUCGAGAUCUUGAUGUGUGCGAGAGUCUAUGGCGACCGCAUCGUCAUGGGCUGACCCUAGUGCAGGACUCUGGACGUCUUAGGUUGUGCGGACGGCAUCAUGGGUUCCACGAUCCCUGGCGGUAUGACGUGAAGAAGCGUCCCAUAACUGGCGAGCCGCGCAGGCCUCGACGACAGACUAGCAUGGUGUGCAAACGUCGGGGGUUUGACUUGGUUCCAUAAGCUUUCAACUGCUCAAACAUGCGGACUCAUCAAACAGGCAACGUGAUAUCAUGCGAAUGGUCGGGGGCGGUUAUUCUCCGCCAGUCGCCGUGGUUCAUUCGCACCGUCUAAGAUUUCCCGAUACAUGGAGCCAGUUACGCCUGCGCUUCUUUUC